CCACAGCCCCAGCACCCGACCCAGCAUUGCAACCAGCUGGCCGAGGAAAGACUGACAUUUGACAACGUUUCCCACUCUUUCGAAUAAUCGCAGUUUUGCAGUCGGUGUCCCCGUGAUCGAACGUGUGUGGCUUGAUUUGUCGGCCCUCGGCCUCCAAAAAUGACUGCGGCCGAGCCUUCAAAGGAGUUGGUCAGCGAAUUGCGGCAAGCAUUUUUCGAUAAACUCAAGUCCGACAGCGCGUCGAUCACAGAUGGUAGUUUCCAUCCAGCCGACAUGAACAGGAUCACGGCCAACGACGACUGGCUCAAGAGGUUCCUCAAACACCAAGAUCAGGACGUGAAGGAGGCGCUCAAAAUGCUCUGGGACUCUUGCGAGUGGAGAAACUCCUUUGGCACAAAUGAUGUGAAAAUCGAGAUGUUCGCUCACGCACCGUUCCAAGACGAAGGAGGUUUGUUUGCCCACAACAGGGACAAGGACGGAAAACCUCUGCUGAUUUUUCGCGUCAAAACCCACACCAAAGGUCAGCAUAACAUGGAUGACCUGAAGAAGUACACAAUCUAUUGGUUUGAGAGACUCGAGAGACAAACGAAAGGCGACCAGAUCACCUUGUUUUUUGACAUGUCUGAUUGCGGCUUGGGCAACAUGGACAUGGAAUUCACGAAAUACCUCAUCAACCUGUUUAAGUGCUAUUACCCAUCUUUCCUAAAUUACAUCAUAGUUUUUGAAAUGCCUUGGAUUCUGAACGCUGCCUUCAAGAUCAUCAAAAGCUGGCUUCCUCCUAAAGCGGCAGAGAAAAUUAAAUCGGUGGAUAAGAAGACUGUGACCAACUACAUUCCCAUUGACCAAUGUCUCGCUUCUUGGGGAGGAUCAGAUGAUUACGAUUUUUCAUUUCAGCCUGAAGUGAUCAAGGAUGACGGAAGGAAAAAGGUCCACUUUGCCGACACUAAUGGCACUCCUGACAUACCAAAGGCUAAUGGAAUGACUCUUUUGAGCAUUCAACCCAACGAUGUUCUUGUCUUUUUGCCUAAUAAUGAAGAGCUGCAUGGGAGUGUGUCUGUGACGAAUAUUUCUAGUUCAGAUGUUACUUUCAAGAUCAAAACCACGUCACCAGAGAAGUUCCGCGUUCGACCUAGUAUGGGUUUGCUGAGUCCCCAGGCCUCGGCGUCAAUAAACGUGGUCCUCCAGCACGGCUACUUCAGACCAGGUCUGGCUAAAGACAAGUUUCUCAUCAUGGCGCUUCCUGUCACCGAAUCUGGAAAGGAGGUGUCGGAAAUAUGGAAGGGUGGCAAUAUAGGAAGCCAGGUAGAGCAGCACAGACUGAAAUGCAGCACUGACGCGCCCGGUGUGGUUUCCACCGUGCCUGACAGUCCCGGCAAAGAAUUCCCCGCUGACCCCAACAAGCAGCUGUCCACGAUGGCCGCAGAGAUGAAGCGCAUGCUGCAUAGCCAGCAGGAGAUCCAGCGCAGUCUCCGUACAAACCGAAUGCUGAUGUGGCUCAAUUUCCUGCUGACCCUAGUCUUGGCUGUCGCCAUCUGGUUCACGGUCAUCAGCGAACCAAAAUUUGAGGAGUCGAGUGAAAACCCCAAUCUAUUUUCCGUCAACGCCGACGAGCUCUAAUGCCGUUUUAAAAUCAAAUGCAGAAAAGAAAUAGAGAACAGAUUGAGGCUAUAAUAGUGUAAGGUUUAUCUUGAUGUUAAAAAGGAGAUAUUGGUAUUUGUCAAUUUUGAAGGUUGUGUAUUUUCUUAUCUCUCUGAUAUGAAUGCUAAAAUUGAGAUUGAUCGAAAUUGAUGUUAAGACCCUUUGAAACUGCUUUUGUUCAAGAUUUUAUUGUUAUUUUCGUCUUGUUGUAAACAAGGUUGUUUAGCGGCCUCAAAAGUGUUGGUCCAUCGGGAUUAAGUGCAAUUAUAUAUUAGAGAGCGCAAAAAGUAUAAUUAUAUUAUCACGCACUAAUUCGCUAAUUGAUUAUUUGGGUUCACUUGACGAAUUUCAAAGCAGCAUUAUUUCGAAUGGUUGCCAGAAACUGACCAGUCAGCAACCAAUUAGAUAUAGGACAGCUGCAGAAAUUCAUAAUAUCAGGGAAGCAAUAUAGCCACACUUUUGUCAACCUUGUUAAAAAAUUUUAAAAGGGAAAUGAUGUGAUUAAAAUAAAUUGUGUUCGAGGCUGCAAUACUUCCCUAAUACACAUAAACAAUGGUGCAGUACAAUUAUUCGCUCUAAUAAUUUUACUGCAUCGCUAGAGGAGGAGCUGUAAUAUACGCAUAUCCAGAAUUUGUCGAAAACAAAACAAAAAGUCCUACAUUCAGCUGAAAUGAAUGUUUCUGCGAAAAAUCUACUUCAUUUGCUCCUCUUUUGAGGACUCUCCUCUCUCUAAAGACUUUGCAUAAUCAUCACUCGAAUAGACUUCAUCAUUUUAGUGAUAAAUGGUUAAUAUUUACAUGCAUUUAGGAGUUUAGUGAGUAAACUGCCAUUCGAGACGUAGAUCUAUAGUUGAGCAGUCUGCUGUGACGGCUCCUGUCUAUUUUUGUUAUUUUUCAAUAUGAUCAGAGGUUGUCACCUGAAUUGCAAUUUGAAAUAAAUUUGCUAAAUUCUUAUCGUUAAAAA